AUGUGCGGCAUCUUCUUCUCUGUGGCCAAAAACCGACAUAUAUUACCAGACCAAGAAGCUGUAGAUGCUCUCCAUGCUCGAGGCCCAGACAGUUACAAAGUCUUGAAGAGCACUUACCAUGGCGACAGUGACGAGAAGCUGCACUUGACCUUCAUCUCUUCCGUGCUGGCACUGCGAGGAGCAAACAUCCAGCAACAACCUCUUCAUGACCCUCUGUCUCGCUCUGUCUUUUGCUGGAAUGGUGAGGCGUGGAAAUCAGACGGUGUUGCAAUUGAGGGCAACGACUCCGCCUAUAUUUGGCAUCUCCUUCAAAUCUCUUUACCUCACUCACCCGAGCGACAACAUCGCAUCACUCAAGUCCUUUCCCAGAUAGCUGGUCCGUUCGCAUUUGUCUUCUACGAUGCUCCCACCGCCACUGUGUAUUAUGGUCGCGACAGGCUGGGACGUCGAUCUCUCCUUAUCAAUCAAGGAGACAAUGGUUCACUGACACUAGCUAGUACCAGUACGAGUACUUUGGGCAAAUCUGCGGCGCCAUCUGAAAUUUCAACGGAAACGAUCCAUUUUCUUCAGUUUUCGGGAGGGGGAAUGAUACGAGGGAAAUUGCCGUGGGCAUCUGCACCAUAUCCAAUCAACAAAAGCCUACCUGACACACAGAUAGCAACCCUUCCAUCUCAGCAGAGCGUUGAUGACCUGCUGACACACCUUCGAAGAUCGCUCAUCCUUAGGUCUGUUGACAUCCGAGACCACUCCCAUCCACAGAUGACAGGCGAUUCAGCAAAAGUUGCCAUACUAUUUUCUGGAGGUCUUGACUGCACUCUUCUCGCCCGUAUCAUCCACGAGAUUCUUCCACCAGAUGAGGUCGUUGACCUGCUCAAUGUGGCUUUUGAAAAUCCACGUUCGCUCGCAGCGAAGGGGAGCGUCCAAGGAACUGCAUAUGAGCUAUGCCCCGACCGAGUCACCGGCCGAUCGAGCUUCGCAGAGAUUUGUGAAGUAUGUCCGCAGAGGAAGUGGAGAUUUGUGGCUAUCAACGUUCCCUACACCGAAUCAAUCGCGCAUAAGCCUAUGAUUAUGCGACUCAUGUAUCCCCAUAACACCGAGAUGGAUUUGUCGAUUGCGAUGGCACUGUACUUCGCUGCGCGAGGCCAAGGAGAGCUGCUGAAAGUCCAUUCCAAUGUUUGCUCUGAACCAAUACCAUUUUUGUCAACCGCACGCGUUCUGAUCUCCGGCCUAGGCGCAGAUGAGCUGUACGCCGGCUACUCCAGGCAUGCUGCUGCCUUUUCACGGGAAGGAUUUCGAGGACUGGCAGACGAGCUUGAGAUGGACUUCAACAGGAUUGGCUCCCGCAACCUGGGCCGUGAUGAUCGCGUUAUGAGCUGUUGGGGUAAAGAAAUCCGGUAUCCCUACUUGGACGAAGAUUUCUUCAGGUUUUCCCUUGAUUUGCCUGUGUGGGAAAAGGCUGGCUUCCGACCGGGGAAACCCGUGCCCAAACAUCAUGAAGCAACAGGAGUGGCUCGUAACCCGGAAGACCUGGAGCCUGCGAAGAUGUUGUUACGGCUCGCUGCGUGGCAUCUGGGUCUGAAGAGGACAGCCACAGAGAGGAAAAGAGCAAUACAAUUUGGAGCGCGGACUGCGAAAAUGGAGGCUGGCAAAGGCCGCACCAAAGGAACCGACAUUCUAACAGCUGCCGCCUGA